ACCAAAAAAACCCCUAAAUUUCGCCGGCGAAAUGCGUAGACGACGGCUGCAACUCCGGUACUCCUCCGACGAAGAAGAAGAAGACGAAGAUGGAACUGGAACAAGCGGAAUUGGUGAUUCUGUUCGGAGCGGUGGUAUUGCCUCAGCUGUACAACCGGAAACCUCAGUAGCUUCGAAUUCUAACCCUAAUCCCGGCGAAGCAAUUGAUGUAUCGGAAGUUGAGAUUAUCGACGUAUUUGGUAAUCCGCCUCCCACACCGCCGGAUUCUAGUAUUCCGGUUGAUUUGUCGGAGACAGAGUCGGAUUUUGUGAGCGGUAAUGACUAUGAAUCGCCGAUCAGUGAGAUUCUUUGUCGAUUAGGGAUUAAAUUGAAGAGAGAGUGGUGGGUCUCUUGUCUUUCUGGACUUGAAAUUUCAAUCCCGCAAUUUUUCCGCCUCGAUGUUGCAGCGAAAGCUAAGCAUUGCUUUGAGCAGUUCAUGUUUUCCGAUAUGAAUAUAUGCGGAGGUGGGGUUCUUCCUCGGAAUGUUUCGUCUAUGAAUCUUAUAGAACUCCCUGGUCCGUUUGUUCUUCAGGUUGAUGAGAUUGUUAACAUUGGAUGUCCACUCAAAGGAAGGUAUGAAAACGCUAAUGCAGGGCUGAAGAGGUGCCUUAAGCUGUCCAUGACAGAUGGUGUUCAACGCGUUUUUGGUAUGGAAUACAGGCCUAUUAAAGAUCUUCAAGUCUUGUCUCCUGCUGGUUUAAAGAUUGUUGUAUCUAGUGUACAAGUUCGUCAUGGGCUUUUAAUGCUAGUACCUGAAAUUGUAGAAGUCUUAGGAGGGAUGGUUGAAGAACUUGAAGAAGCAAGAAAGCGUCUGGUUGUUGAAGUAAACAAACCUCCACGAGGGAAAAGUUGGAUCUAUUAUUUGCAACGAGUUUGUUUCACCGAUUUCUUUGGCUACAGCUUCUUUGAUCUUGAGAAGAGUCACUGGUUUGAAAUAAGGAGAGGAGUGGUUCCUUCAUUGGCAACCAGAGCAACUCUAGCUGCAUGGUCGCUAAAUGGCAAUGAUGCUGGUAAUCAUGUAGAUAGUUCUACCUCGGCCAAUGCUAGUAACGCUCAGGUCAAUGUUCAAGGCAUACCCGUAAAUGUAACGGGGACUCACAUUAGUUCGCGGGUGAUGGGCGAGCCUCCUGCUUCUACCAAUGUGGAAGCUACUGUUUCAAGGGUUGAGCAUAUGCAGAUUGAUACUGCUUCUGCGCACGGGGAAAGAACGUUUUCUGAUAUACACUCAACUUCUAGUAACAUUCACCGGGCAGCAUCCACAGCUGGUACUAGAUGCAGUGGUACAAGAUCUUUUUCCAACAGCGUUGGUGGAAAUACAUGGGAUCAACAAACAUCUAACGUGGCUUCUUUUGUUGAAGAAAUGCAUAUUGACACUGGUCGUGUAAGGGACACAACGUCUCAUGUACAUGGUUCAGGUUCAGGCGGUGUAGCAGAUGUAGAAGUCAGUAAUAUGGUUAUCGAUUUGGAAGGACCUUCUGUGGUUACAAAUACAGAGAAGCCUUUCACUUACUUAGCCGAGUUGUCUCAAAAAUGGGCAGUAAUGAAAGAAAGCAUGCAUUCUGUUCAAGGAAGGAUCAAAUGCUUCCUAACCGGAGUGAAGAAAUUUCAGUUCAAGCAACAAUCUACGUAUGAGCUUCUAUGUUACGUCGAUGAUGGUAGUCUCAUCUGUGAGAUCUUGCUCCAUAACGACGUUGUACAAAACAGGAUAGGUCAUUCAUCCAUGGAAGUCACAGCUGCUCUUUCCUCUUCAGCACCAACAUCACUAAAUGCCAUGAUGAAAGAGAAACUGAAACGCUUCCAGUUGUUUCUCGCUGACUUCGAGGGAAUAAUGGUCGUAGAAAUGAACAGAUCGUCGCAAUAUCCGGUAGCAAUUGAAAUGAAUCAGGGAUGUUCGUUAACCGAUGCUCGGUUACUCUUUGAAAGAAUCAAAUCAUCCUCGAGCUUAAAUCCAGUUGUUGUUCUAUCCCCUUGAAUCUUGAUCUAGUAGUCAACUAAAAGCUCAGUGAGAGCUUUUGGUGACUUGAUUUCAUUUAUAUUUGCUAAGGAAUGGCUUCCUGGUUCAACUAAACCGGGUAUUUCAUAUUUGGUGAUUUAUAGAAAUUAAAAGUAGUUAUUUUUUCUUUUCAAACAAGUAGAUUAGGUGUGUAUAAAUUCUUUUAAAGAACUUGUAUGUUUAGAGACUAAAACAAAGGUUAUAUUAUAUAUAUGGCAGAUUGUUAUGAG